AUGCUGCUGCGUUACACGCCUGCUAUGUGUUUGCAACGCUGCACCUAUACCAUGUAUUCUCAGCCUAGCCAGUUACAAGGAGGAUUGUCACAGAGCAUGGCCUUAUGGAAUCACUCUCGCUCACAUGCAGUCAGUUAUCACACAAAAAUGGGUCUAGUUAGUCUUUCUCCUAAGAGCACAAAAUCAUCUCGUCUGCAAAAUGGGACAUGCUUUGCCUGCUUGGAGCAACAGUCUAAACGCGGAUUAUCACCAAGAGAUCGUAUCCUACAUGCUAAGCUUGAUAUGACCUCACAUCACAAGUUUUCUAGUAUUAGCUACAAACCGAGAACGACGACAAGUUUAGCACAAAAAAUAGGAGGUACAGGCGCUGGACUUUCCUUGAGUUUCGCAGUUUCUGGGAUAGCAAAUGCUGGCGGUCUGGUGGAUAAUGACAUUGAUUCCAAAUCAUCCUCUAGUUGUGCUCAUGGGAAGAAAGUUUACACCGAGUAUUCUGUCACCGGCAUUCCUGGGGAUGGUAGAUGCUUGUUCCGUUCUGUGGCUCAUGGUGAGUGCAUUAGGUCAGGGAAACCCAUACCUAAUGAGAAUCUUCAAAGAAAGCUCGCUGAUGAUUUAAGAACACUGGUUGCUGAUGAGUUUAUCAGGAGACGGACAGAGACUGAACGGUUUAUUGAGGGUGAUUUCGAUACAUAUGUCUCUCAGAUUCGGAAGCCACAUGUGUGGGGAGGAGAGCCAGAAUUGCUCAUGGCUUCUCACGUUCUUCAGAUGCCGAUCACUGUUUAUAUGCGCGAAGAAGCAGCAGGUGGUUUGAUAGCGAUCGCGGAGUAUGGCCAGGAGUACGGGAAAGAAGACCCGAUCCGAGUCCUCUAUCAUGGCUGUGGCCAUUAUGAAGCGCUGCAUAUACCAGGAAACGCUGAGCCCAGGUCAAGACUGUAA